ACAAGCAACAUGUGACAGUAAACUGAAGAUGUAGAGGCAUCACAGAAAGACAAUGAACUCCUUGGCACUAUUGGACCCAGACAGAUUCCUAACAUCUACUGCUGUAGAUUCUAAUGAUGGCCAAGAUGAACUGCUCAUAACACAAACUCAGGAGUGUGAAGUUUCCAACACAACCUUAACUGGAGCUCUUCGAUGUCUGUUCACCCAGCGCCUUGCCAUGAACUACUGCGUGUUGUUUCAACUCAGGGAAUUAUGUGACUACAGGGCGACUACAUGUAACUGGAUCGCUUUGAUGUCUGUUCACCUCUCGUUGAUAACACUCACCAUGAACUACUGUUUGGUUUUACCAACCCAGGGAAGUAGGCAUCUACAAGAUGUCAAUGAGGCAUGAUAGAUGCAAUGCUACAGAGAUGUCAUUUCUACAGGACUAUGAAUACAUAGAUACAAGACUUUAAGACACAAUGCUGUUCAAGACAAACUGUCGAUGGACUUUAGACCUGCAUUUAAAACCUUCCUUGCUGGAACAUUUCUUGACACUGCAGACAAACACUAAACUAAGGAUCUUGACCAUCAGACUGAGAUGGCAAUUGACAGAGGAGGUGAUUUCUACAAAGACUCUUGGAAACCCAACCAGUGUUCAUCAUUUUCAUCAAACAAUGUUUAAAGCAUGGAACGUUUCUUUGUUGAUACUAACAAUCUGUGAAUGACUUCUUGGCUUCUUUAGGCCAAGUAUUAUAUGUCAUCAAUUAAUGGAACACUUAAGUGACACCAUGAUGACAUGAUAUGAGACUUUGCUCUUUGUGUGGAGAUGCAGCACAUUUAAAGAUAACUCUUUCACCCCAGAGUGACAUGAGGUCACCUGGGGUCAUAGUGAGGCAGAAUAUGGACAUUCAUCUGGAAGAAUUGAACAGGAUAAUUUUGAAUUAUUUACUUUGUAUGAAUACUAUUAGCCCCUCACAAAAAAAGUAAAAGGUUAAAUUGUUGAAGAUGCAAUGUAGGACAAAUUAUCCUAUCUGAUGAAUAUCAAAUCCAAUGAUAAUAAGUUGUAAGGACAAGUUUGGAUGUUUUACUGCAAUCUUCUAAAACGUAAAACCAACAAAUGUAGAAAUUCAACCAUGAAGUACACAAAACUAGCAUUACAUGUGCUCAAACAAUGGGAGACUUUCUGGGACGAUAGAGGGCAGCAGACUUACCGGGUAAAUCCAUUGUUCUCAGAAUU